CUAAAACCCGACUCUUAAAUAUCUUAUUUAACCACAGUCUUUAGUGCCAUACAACAAACCUAAUCGGCUAGCCCCAUGUACCGAAAGGCCAAUACAUCCAACGUUGGCUUCUUCCGUGCAAGCAAACUUUAUUAAAAAAAAAAAACAUGAAAUUUCCAUGUCGUGGAUUCUUCGCUUGAAAAGUGAUCUUCUCUUUCAUAUGCUGUGCUUUUUGUUUAACGUACGCAUUAAGGAAAAGAAGAGUGACGUCAUCUAAUUUUCAUAAGCUACACUUUUUUUUUAUUUAAUAAAGAAAAAUCGAAGCCAUCGUUGGUCGUCUUCAAUCAUCGUUGACCUCCUCUCGAAAUGCGAGAGCUUCUUCGCGCCUAUUUCUCACGAAGAACACUCGUGUCUCUCUACAACCUCUUCUUCACCAUCUCCCAUAAGCUCCUCACUUCGUUCCCUCUCUCCGUCAUCAUGCCCAAACCAAACGACGCCGUCGCAGAAUCUGAUUCCGAGUCCGUCCCGCUGCUGGAUCUAUCGAAACCGUCGUCACCGAUCUCAUUCCCGAUCAAAUCUCUCCAAUAUUUAAAAUCACGUUCGUACUUCGACUCGUUCCACUUCCAGUUCAAUCGCUCCACAGUCCCUCUCCGGCGAAACUUACCUGAUCAUCGCCCGAGGGUUUUAGUGUGCCACGAUAUGAAAGGAGGGUAUGUUGAUGAUAAGUGGGUACAAGGGUGUGAAAACGACGCCGGAUACGCGAUUUGGCAUUGGUAUUUGAUGGAUGUGUUUGUUUACUUCUCUCAUUCUCUGGUGACGAUUCCUCCUCCUUGCUGGACCAAUACAGCUCACAGGCAUGGCGUUAAGGUGUUGGGGACUUUCAUUACAGAAUGGGAUGAAGGUAAAGCUACCUGCAAAGAGAUGCUUGCCACUAAGGAGUCUGCUCAGAUGUAUGCAGAGCGUUUGGCAGAGCUUGCUACUUCUCUAGGUUUCGAUGGAUGGCUGAUAAAUAUAGAGAACGAAAUAGAUAAAGAACAGGUUCCUAUUUUGAUGGAGUUCGUCAGCCAUCUAACAAAAGUAUUGCAUUUAUCCACUCCUGGGUCUCUGGUUAUAUGGUACGAUAGUGUCACUGUUCGUGGCCAUCUUAAAUGGCAAGAUCAUUUGAAUGAAAAGAACAAACCUUUCUUUGACUUGUGUGAUGGUAUCUUCAUGAACUAUACAUGGAAGGAAAGCUACCCAAAACUAUCAGCUGAAGUUGCAGGGGACAGAAAAUAUGAUGUUUACAUGGGAAUUGAUGUCUUUGGUCGCGGCUCCUUUGGUGGUGGUCAAUGGACUGUUGAUACUGCUCUUGAUUUGCUGAAGAGAAACAAUGUAUCAGCUGCCAUUUUCGCUCCUGGAUGGGUAUAUGAGACUGCACAACCUCCUAAUUUUCAUACAGCUCAGAAUAAAUGGUGGUCACUUGUUGAGAAGUCAUGGGGAGUAGUCCGAACAUAUCCACAAGUCUUGCCUUUUUACUCUGACUUCAAUCAGGGCUUUGGUAACCAUGUAUCACUCGAGGGUCGCCAGUUAUCUGAUGCUCCGUGGUACAACAUUUCUUGCCAAAGUCUUCAGCCACUCCUCGAGUUCAAGGAAGACAACACUGAUAUCAUUCAGGUCACUAUUGAUGCUGGAGAGGCAUCUUAUAACGGAGGAGGGAACAUUGUAUUUAAAGGAAGACUCGAGGGAGAUGUGUACUUCACAGCAAGGCUCUUUAAACCUCUAAUUCACCUCUCUUCUUCCCGCAUUACAGUCUCCUACUCUGUGAAAUCAGAUGAGACUUCUAAACUUGGUCUCCUGCUUGGGUUUUCAUCACCAUCGCACGAGACUAAAUCCAUACUCGUGGCGCCACAAGAACCAACCCCAAGAUUAGAUCACAUGUUCUUGAAGUGCCUCGUUACAUCAGAGCAGACUGUAUCAGAGUGGACGGUGCACGAGGCAAGCCUUGUCAUGGAUGGACACACACUAACUGAAAUCUCUGCCUUUUGCUACAAAACAGAGAACUCGACGAAGACAUCAGAGUACGUUGCAUUGCUGGGUCACAUCUCAAUCAAAGAACAUGCUCAGCUCCAGCAAAACCUCGUUUCCUUACCUCCAGCGUCAUCAUGGGUCAUCGAGGCUCAUAGCAUAGAGCUUGUACCGGGUGAUUCCGGUUCUAUGAUCCUUAAGGUUAAGCUAGAAUGGAGACAGACACAGCUUGAAGACUCUGUUCUCCCAGUGUACAAUGUGUAUGCAGAGAGUGUGAAGUCAACUGAUGUACUAAGAUCGAGGAAGGUUUUGGAGAAACCAAGAAGCGAGAGAGUGUUCCUAGGAGUGUCUCACGUACCAGCCUAUUACGUUUCGGAGCUGGUGGUAGAUUCUGACGUGAAAGGAGUCAGCUUCGUGGUUCAACCGUGUGGUGAAGAUGGUUCAUGGAGUAAGCUGGAUGUUUCCCCUAAACAUCUUGUUGAACUAGAAGGUCUCUCGUAGGUUGCUUGAAACUGUGAAACAAUAAAUCUAUCUUAUUAAAGUAGAAAAAAACAUAGAUAGCAACAAAAAAUGAAUAUAAUACUGUUUGUAAACAUGAAUAAAUAUAUUCAAAAAAAAAAAAGGGGUUUAUGUUAUUAAAAAAAAUGAAAGUCUAAUUAUAUUAUAAGAAACUAUAUACUUGGUUCAGCUCUAAAAUAUACCAAAAAUGGUCUAAUCUAAUUAGGUAAAAAAAUCAUCUAAAAUAAUUAUAAAAAAUUAAAAUAUAUAUAUAUAUAUAUAUUUUCAAAUCAAAAUAUUAAUUUAAAAUUAAUUUAUAUCAAAAAUUGAUUCAAAAAUAUACGUAUAUUCAAAAUUUGAUUUUUACUAAAAUAUUUUCAAAAAACCAUUAUUAAAAAAUGUUUUAAAUAUAUAUAUAAGAAAAAUACAAUACAGAGCUUAAUUUCAAACACUAACUUAAAUUAUGCUUUUAUAUUUCACAUUAAGUUUAAAAAAAUAAUAUAUAUGAUUAUCUAUAUGAUAGUACUAGGACAGUUGAAUAUGAUAAAACCAAACCAAACCGUACUGAACCGAACCGAAAUAGACAAUAUUGUUUGAUUUUGGUAUAAUACCAUAUAAACCGAAUGAAUAUGAUUUUAUAAAUAUCAUAGAUUUUGGAUAUAGUUUGGUUUAUAACCGAUUAAACUGAAUAAACCAAACAAAACCGAUUAAAAAUAGAAACAUGUAAAUAUGUGUCUAUUUUAUAACGACACAUGAAAAUCUAUUUUUUAUAUAAGUUAAAUUUUCGUUAAUAACUAUAUUACUAUAUUUUUAUAGUAAUAAAGAAUCCUAAUUUACAAAAAACUUGAACUAUAAUUAAAUAAA